UCAUUGAUAUAUCUCCUGUUAAUGUUAACGUUAAUGUGUAUCAAAACUGAGUGAGAAUAUAUGAAUGGUUGUGGAUCUUCCAUGUCAAAGGAGAUGGUGGAUUCUGGAGAUGAACCUCAUGUUUUAGCUGUGGAUGAUAAUCUCCUUGACAGGACGCUGGUUGAGAAACUGCUCAAGAAAUCAUCUUGCAAAGUGACCACCGCAGAGAACGCUGCGAGAGCAUUGGAAUUUUUAGGAUUAAACCUGGAUAAUAAUCAGCGGAAUAACUCUGUUUCCAAGGUAAACAUGAUAAUAACAGAUUACUGUAUGCCGGGGAUGACAGGUUAUGAGCUGCUUAAGAAAAUUAAGGAAUCAUCAAUUUUUAGGGAAAUUCCAGUUGUGAUUAUGUCAUCUGACAACAGCCCAAAUCGCGUUAACCAGUGCCUGGAAGAAGGUGCUCAGAUGUUCAUGCUGAAGCCCCUCAAACAAUCAGAUGUCACGAAGCUCAAAGGCCAUUUGAUGAACAGUAGAAGCUGAAUUGAUGAAUUUGCUAAACCAAGCUAGUAAUUAAAUGGAUGUCAUAUCUAUCUAUCUAAUAGAUAUCUAAUUAAUUG